ACAGCCCCAUCCGGGAUACUUCGACAAUUGCUCUAUGGCCACUGCUCCGGAUGCUGUCUCUGCGAUGCCUGAUGGACGACUUCUCAACGACACAACAAGCCCCAUGUGAUGAAUCGUUGAGCUCCAGCGCAGCCAACAACGUUUCCUUCGCCUCCGGAUGUCCAUGGACGAGGCUUCCCCUGCAGGAUUUACCAAGGACGAGAACUGCUCUAUGGCCGGAUCUAUCAUGUAUUUUCCAUUGGACUUGGACGACUUCGCCACGCCGGCAUCUGACUCAAUCUGGAAUCAGCUUGGAACAAACGACUACAGCUUUGCUCAACCCAACAUGCUUGCCUCGAAUGCUUCUGGGAUGUUUUCCUAUUGUCAUACAGGACCAGCGGACCUGGCCGGUUCGUCCUGGGACACGACAGUUGAAGGAUCACAGAACUUCCCUGAGCUUGCAGAUGCUGGAGACUAUUACACCGGAGAGGCCGAGGAUUUCGUGCUUCCAUUUGGACAGAACACACCCAAGCCGGAUCACCUGGAUGCCGCGGAUGACUUUCAGGCCAGAUGGACACCUGCCGUUGCAGUCGAGAGCAAGGCUCUGAAGGCCGAGCCCAUGCGGAGAGGGGCUUCUCGCAGCUCCACGGGCAGCCACAAGAACAGGAACGCCAAGGUCACUGCACAGUCAGUCAAGAAGAGCCGACCCAGAGUCCAAUCGAUUCUGUCUCAGGCGUCUUCGCAGAUGUCAAAGCUUGACAUGUCAGGUAACACAUCGGCCUACGGCCAGGGCCGCAUCAUGGAUGUGCAGCAAUAUCUUGCUCAGGACUUGGACACUCUGUCUGUCUCCCCCCAGGUAAACGGCGCUGCCUUUUACCCUGGCCUUGUGCAUUUCCCGGAUGGACUGCCCUACACUGGAGACCUUGGCGCUGCCGUGGCCCAGCACGUGAACCCCCAGAUCUUUGAUGCUGGUCUGGUCGCGGCGUCCCCGCACUCUUGGGGCUCGCUGAGUCCUGUGGACUCCCGGAUGUCUUCGCCUGGUCUUCAGGAUGGAUCUGAUGACGUGUGGUCCGCGGUCCCUUCUGCGUCUUCCCCCGGAGAAAGCCAGACUUCCAACUCGCCGGCGCUGCCAGGCCAAUCACCCAGUAUGAACCGGAAAUCAGAUGUUUCGCAUUAUGUCAACACUGAAGACCACCUGCAUGGGAACCUUAUGCCCGCCAUGGGAGAGGAUGGGUUUGCCCUGCCCCACUCUGCGUUCGGCUCUCGCCGUCUGAGCGGCGAAGGUGAGUCUGCUCGGGACCAUUAUCUCUACAAGAAUGCGUUUCCCCAAGCGGACGGCCUCUUCCACUGCCCAUGGGAGGGCCAGGCGAGCUGCAACCACAAGCCCGAGAAGCUCAAGUGCAACUACGACAAAUUCGUGGAUUCUCACCUCAAGCCCUACCGCUGCAAGGUUGAAGGCUGCCAAAAUGCCCGGUUUUCAUCCACUGCCUGCCUUCUGCGUCAUGAGCGUGAGGCCCACGCCAUGCACGGUCACGGGGAGAAGCCGUAUCUGUGCACCUACGAGGGUUGUGAGCGCUCCGUCGCUGGCCAUGGUUUCCCUCGGCAAUGGAAUCUGAGGGACCACAUGCGGCGCGUGCACAACGACAAUGGAACGACGGUCCAGCCAGCCUCCCCCCCUCCUUCAGGACCCAGCACGUCCGCCAGGGGACGAAAGAGAAAGAGCGAUGCCCAGGAGAAGCAGCCGAUGCAGGACAAGUCCAGCUCCCGGAAGUCGGCGACUAAGGCUGCAGCGGAGACCGUCGCCUCGGCUCCCAAGCAGCCCGAGCCGAAUCCCCAGGUCGAGGAGUGGUAUGAGCACCAGAAGGCGCUCCAGGCCUUUAUGCAAAGCUGCACCCAGCCGGAUGACCCGCAGACGCUCCAAUACAUCAAGGAUGCCCAGGAGCACCUGAACGCCAUGGGAAAGAUUUCCCACGGACUGGUCCAGGGAUCGCACCGCCGCUCGUGGAGAGGAUGAAUGACUCCUUGAACCACUG